AUGUCUUCGCAGGCCCUUACCUCCUCGGCCUCUUCCUCCUCCCUCCUCCAACCCAUCCGCACCUUCCUCCAAGCCCUCACAUCCCCUCCCACAACCCCGACAUACAUCCCAACCCUCCUCUCAGCCUUCACCACGAACCCGCUCCCCCUCAUUCACGAACACGGCCUCCCCCAACUCGCCCCGUUCCUCGGCCGCUCCUUCACCGGCACCGACGGCAUCGCCCGGUACUUCCAGCUGCUAGCCGAGCACCUCACGAUCCGGGACAUGAGCUUCGAGCCCGAGACCGCCUGGGUUGCGGACGCAGAGGCGAGGGUCGUGGUGGUGCGGGGCAAGGCGCGGUUUAUUUGGAAGGGGACGGGCCAAGGGUGGGAUGAGGAGUUUGUUUAUCGGUUGGGAGUGGCGACGGAGAUGGACCGUGGCGAGGGGGAGGAUGGCGAUGCAGGUGGUGGGGAGUUGAAGGUUUGUGAGUAUCGGAUUUGGGCGGAUACGGGGGCUGCGUACUUGGCGCGGUUGGGGAAGUUGGGGGAUUUGCUAGAGGGAGGAACGGGAGGAGGAGUGGAAGGGAUUCAUUUUGAUCAGGAUGAGGAUGGAGAAGGGGAGAGGAAGAAGAUGGAGGGGAGAGGGGAGACGAGAGCGUCGUUAAAUCGGAAGAGGAGUGGGCAUCAGGAUAUGCUAGGGGCCGGGUUGAAUAUUUAUGGGAGUUGCGGGUGA